GAACAGGUAAAACUUAUUUCCGUUUAUAUUAUUCUUCUAUUUUCUCUUCCAUACUCUUCGUUAAGGAUAAGUUUGUCAUUUGUUUAUUUAAUUGGAUUAAAUUGAAAGAAAGUGAGAAUAGGAAUAAUUAAGGAGUAUUUUUUGUUGUUGUUAUUUCUCUCUCAUCCUAUUCAUAUUAUGAAAAACCAAAAGAGAGAGAGAGAGACAGAGAGAGACCUUUGAUUUGAACUUUUAACUAUUAAUCUCAUUAUUAUUAUAUCUUUUGCUACAUAUAGUAUAAAAAUAGAUUAAAUAGUCCAUUAAUAAUGCAACAACGUAAAUUUAUAUGCUACUUUAAAGUAGAUACUUGUAGUAGAAAUUUGUACAAAGUGGUAUCAAAGUCUUUCUCUUGUAGUAAAUAUCAACAGGUGUCUGUCUGUAUCUUCGUGUCUAAUCCUUCGUCCAUGUUGAGAUUGUCUUUUAUGCAUUUUUUUUAAUUUUGUAUGCAUUCAAAAAAUAUUGAUUUCUUUCUAAAAAGCUUACUUGUAUGGGAUGGAUGAGGAUGAUAGAUGUAUAUGAUUUUAUAUAUAUAUAUAUACAAUACAUAGAAGAGUGUUGUACUAAGAGAAUACAAUACAAACAACAAUAACAACAACAAUAACAACAAAAAAAGGAUCAAGUACUGACAAAGUUCUGGUUAUAAUUAUAAUAAACAUGUCAAAGAGUUUGUACUCUUGUAUUGAAUUGAAAAUUAAGAAUAUGGAAAACAACAAAGAAUUAAAGAGAUAUAUUUAUAUAUAUAAUAAAGAUUUAUACAUGUUUGUCUUAUAUUUCUUUAUAUAACAUAUACAAGUUGUUUGGUAAGAGAAAAAGAUUAUAUUUGAAUAGGUCAUUCAACUCUUUUAGUAGAAUCAUCGUUUCUUUUCUCUUUUUCUACAACACUAUUUCUUCAACUUUUAAACAAGUCUGUAUGUUUAUUCGUAAUUAUACUAGACCUAUUUUUUAAUAUAUGUAUGCACGUAAAUAAUAGUUGAUUAAGAUAAGAUAAUCUAUAAUGAGAGAAGAAGAUGGAUUAUACAUCUAUACUCUAUUAAGUAAUAAGUAAUUGAUUUAUCUGUAAGAUUAUCAAAAAUAACAUAAGAUUAUCGAUUAAUUUUUGAAUUGGUCAUUUGUAUUUCGAUUAAGAGAAGAUUUGAGAUAUAGUUUAAGAACAGAUAAUAAAGAUUAUAACCUUGAACGAAUUUUUAAGUAAUACAUAUGUGUGUAAUAAUAUAUGUGAUAGACUCUGUUAUAGCGUAUUUCAAUGAAAUUUCUAUACAUAUAUAUAUAUAUAUAUAAACGUUUAACUAUAUUAAUGAUCUUUUGUGCAUACAGAAACAGUUUAGGCCUACGAAGAGAAUCAAUCAUAUAUAUAUAAAUUUAUAUAUAUAGAAUGUACGUUAUGUAACUAGAUUUUUAACAAUUUGUGAGCUAUUUUAUGCUUUAUGAAACAUUUGCUUUCAAAUCUAUAGGCUUAUUACAUAUACUGGUGCAAAUACGAGCAGAAUAGACUAUUCUCUAGGAUACGCUGCCUGCCCUAUAGCUUACAGUGGAUGGAAACGUUUAAGGUUGGGUGUAGUAUGUCAAUUGUUGAUGGAGGCUGAUUUUAGGCAAAUCAGUCUUCGAUAAGAACUGAAAUAAUAUUAACCGGCUAUAAUGGAAUAAUAUUGAAUUUGAAAGAAAAAAAACAAGUUAUAUUAGGAUUUUUUUUCUCUUCGUUUAUUUCUCCCUUUCUCACUCUUUUUUUCCAACUUGCAAUAAAAAUUCAACAACGAAAGGAAAAUUAAACUGAGCAAGAAACAUAAAAAAAGAACAAGAACAAGAGAAAAAAGAAACAGAAGAAGAAGAAAAAAAGAUAGUAAAUUAUAAAGAGAAAAAAUGAGUUCGAAAGCGAAUAAGGAUGAGGAAAGAGAGGAAAAUUUAUCAGAGCUUCCAGUACCACCGGAUGGGGGAUUUGGAUGGGUUAUUAUGUUUUCUAGUUUUAUAAUUAAUCUUAUUGUUGAUGGUGUUUGCUUUUCAUUCGGAAUAUUCUAUAUUCAAUUCCUAGAGUAUUUCCAGGAAUCUAAGGGAAAAACAUCUGUUGUUGGAAGUGUGUUAAAUGGGAUGUAUUUAUCUAUGGGUCCACUUGUUAGUGCUCUCGCUAAUAAAUUCGGUUGUAGGAGAGUAACAAUAAUUGGGAGUAUAGUAUCAACAAUUGCAUUUAUUCUUUCGACUUUUAGUCCAAAUAUUAAUGUACUGAUUGUGACCUUUGGUGCAUUGGGAGGUUUUGGCUUUGGUUUAAUGUAUUUACCAUCUAUAGUUAUGGUUGGUUAUUACUUUGAAAAGAGAAGAGCUCUAGCAACAGGUGUUGCAGUUUGCGGUUCAGGGAUAGGAGGAUUUAUAUUUUCUCCUCUAUGUAAUGCAUUGAUAAGUAAUUAUGGAUGGAAGGGAGCAACUAUUAUAAUAUCCGGUGUCGUCUUAAAUGGACUUGUUUGUGGAGCUUUAUUCCGUCCUUUAGAGGUUAAGAUGAAAAAGGAAAAAGAUAAUUUAAAAAAUAAUGAUUCUAAUGGAAUUCAUAUAAACGGUUGCUCACAAUCCGAAAGGAAUAAAUAUUUAAAUAGAAGCUACCAAGAAAUAUGCAAUGUAAAAUCGCCAGAAUGCGCAAAGUAUUGCAAGAGUAUGGAUGAUUUAAUACUUAAAGAUUCCCUUAUUAAUGGAGAUAAGACUAAAAUGCUUUAUCGGAAAGAUAGAUUUUACAGUGGUAGUCUUAAAAGUUUAAAUCAGAAUGAGGAUAAAUUUGAUCUUGAAGCUGUAAAAGUACAAGAAGAUUUAGAAAAGAGUAGCGGCUGUUCAAAAUAUUGCAGUAGCUUUCUUGCAUCAAUGAAACAGACUAUGGAUUUUUCAUUGUUACUCAAUCCCGUUUUCAAAAUAUAUGGGAUUAGCUGCUUCUUGUGCAUGUUUGGUUUCUUUAUUCCUUUUACAUACCUGAUUGAUUAUGCUGUUGAAAAUGGCGUAUCUAAAUCUAAGGGAUCAUUCUUAAUAUCAAUUAUUGGUAUUGCCAACACAAUUAGCAGGGUACUUUGUGGUUGGAUCUCCGAUCAACCGUGGGCAGAUAGUUUAUUGAUUAAUAAUAUAGCAUUAAUAAUUGGUGGAACUGCAACAAUGAUGAUACCUCUCUGUACGACUUAUUGGUCAAUGUGCCUUGUAUCGUCGAUAUUUGGAAUGUGCAUAGGUAAAAUUAAUCUAAGGUCGGUCUGUCUCUUUUCAUUUAUCUUUUCAUUCCUUCAGCUGUUUUCGUGUCGUUGCGUUCCAUUAUCAUGGUUGACCUUAUAGGCUUAGAUAAAUUAACCAAUGCAUUUGGUCUAGUUACUAUGUGCCAAGGUAUUAGCUCCUUUAUUGGAGCACCUGCAGCAGGUAAGAACAAGCAUUAAUUAACAAGUAAUCCUCUUCCAGAAUAGGCAUUGGAACAGUAUAUCAUAUAGCUGUGUUUGUGAAAUUUUUUUACAGGAGCUUUAUUCGACGCUACAAAGUCAUAUACACCUUCGUUCGUCCUGGCUGGAGCUACUCUAGCCAUGGCAGGAAUAAUCUGCUUACCUUUAAGGAGAAUAUCUAGAAUCUUAAAAGCUAAAGAACAAGCUAAUGUUAUAACAAAAUCAAUAUCCGAAUAAGUAAACAACAAUGAAGGUUUUAUA